AUCAGCAAUGGCGAUCACAGAAACCUCAGCGUGUCAGCAAAACAACACGGAGGGGGAGUGAAUUUAUUGAUACCAGUCAUAUUUUGAAGGAACAUUAUAAUAAUUCCAUCUAAUUGUGAGCAGUUUCUGUUCAGCCGAAAGCUGUCUGGGUUUCUUCCAGCAGCACAGUAGAUGUCCACCCCCUCAGAUACAUCAGGUGGUAUGUCCCAUCCUGGCCCUUCUCCGGGAGCUGGUCUCUCCCCAGGGCCAAUCUUGGGCCCCAGCCCUGGACCGGACCCCUCACCAGGCUCUGUUCACAGUAUGAUGGGACCUAGUCCAGGCCCUGGAACACCCAAUGCACCUCAUGGCAUGCAGGGCCAGGGGCAAAGUGAUUACUCUCAGGACAGCAUGUAUCCUAUGCACAAGCCCAUGGACGGUAUGAAUGACAAGGUAAUGGCAGAUGCGAUGCACUUUGGUCACAUGAAAGGUGUGGGCAUGAGAUCUCUGCACAGUGGGAUGGGCCCUCCACAGAGUCCCAUGGACCAGCACAGCCAAGGUUACAUGUCACCACAUCCAUCCCCCAUGGGUGUGCAUGAGCAUGCUCCUAGCCCAAUGUCAGGAGGUACAGGAGGUGGGGGGCCCACACCUCCCCACAUGCCACCCUCACAAUCAGGUCAGAUGAUGUCCAUGGAUCCCCAGGGAGGCAUGGCCAAUAUGUCCAACAUGGGCCAGCAGGGGCGGGGACCCUCUGCUUUUAGCCCAGUCCAGCUGCAGCAGCUCAGAGCUCAGAUUCUGGCCUGCAAGAUCCUUGGCCGUGGGCAACCUCUGCCUGAAAACCUACAGCUGGCUGUUCAGGGCAAGAGGAGCCUACCCACAAUGCAACAGCAGCAGCAACAACAACAGCAGCAACAACAGCCAGCACCUGGUGGUAGUCCUUAUAACAGGCCCCCAGGUAUGACAAUGGCACCUAUUAGUGGACCCCAGUCAAGCCCCUGCCCAACCCCAGCUAUGCAAGGACACAAUCAAAGCACAGGACCUAAGCCUUGGCCUGAUGGUCAGGGGGCCGAAAAUCAAGCCAAUUCUCAGAAGCACCUCACUCCUGCUUCCAGUGGACGCCCGUCCCCUGUGCCACCUCAGACCACUGCUGUGCCAGCUGGGCCUUUGCCAGGCAGUUCAGUGACCCCUCAGCCUCCUGGACAGCAGGUGUCCCCCAUGCUUCAGAUGCAGCAGAAGCAGAACCGGGUCACACCAAUUCAGAAACCUCAAGGCUUGGACCCAGUUAGGAUCCUUCAGGAACGAGAGUACAGGUUGCAGGCUCGGAUUGCACAUCGAAUCCAGGAACUGGAGAGUCUGCCAGGCUCCCUGCCUCCUGAUCUGAGGACCAAAGCCACAGUGGAACUCAAGGCACUGCGUUUACUCAACUUCCAGCGGCAGCUGAGGCAGGAUGUGGUGGCUUGUAUGAGGCGAGACACGACCCUGGAGACGGCCCUCAACUCCAAGGCGUACAGACGCAGCAAGCGGCAGACACUGAGGGAGGCUCGCAUGACCGAGAAGCUGGAGAAGCAGCAAAAGCUGGAGCAGGAAAAGAAGCGCAGACAAAAACAUCAGGAAUAUCUCAACAGUAUCCUUCAGCAUGCCAAGGACUUCAAAGAGUAUCACCGUUCUGUGUCUGGUAAAAUGCAGAAACUCACACGGGCUAUUGCCAACUGGCAUACCAACACAGAGCGCGAACAGAAGAAGGAGACGGAGAGGAUUGAGAAGGAGAGGAUGAGAAGGCUUAUGGCAGAAGAUGAAGAAGGCUACCGAAAACUAAUUGACCAAAAGAAAGACAAGCGUUUGGCCUACUUGCUGCAGCAGACAGAUGAAUACGUGGCCAACCUCACCACCCUGGUGUAUGAACACAAAGCUGCCCAAGCUGCUAAGGAGAAGAAGAGGAGGAAGAAGAAAAAGAAGAAGGUGGAUGGCGAUGGCGAAGGUACUAGUGCCAUUGGACCUGAUGGAGAGCCCAUGGAUGAGAGCAGCCAGAUGAGUGAGCUGCCAGUCAAAGUGAUUCAGACUGAGACUGGAAAAGUUUUGCAGGGAACGGAUGCUCCCAAAUCCAGUCAGCUGGAGGCCUGGCUUGAGAUGAACCCUGGAUAUGAAGUGGCUCCACGGUCAGACAGCGAGGAGAGUGGUUCUGAGUUUGAGGAGGAGGAGGAAGAGGAGGUUGCGAAGACAGAAACAGAGGAGAAGAAGAUAAUUGAUCCCACUGAAGCUGGAGGAACUACGAAUGAUGUCAAACACGUCAUUGAGACUGCUAAGCAGGACGUGGAUGAUGAAUACAGUGUUCCCACUGGACAAACCUUCUCCCAGUCUUACUAUGGUGUGGCCCACGCCGUCAUUGAAAGGGUGGAUAAGCAGUCGUCACUGCUGAUCAACGGCAUGCUUAAACAUUACCAGAUCCAAGGGCUGGAGUGGAUGGUGUCCCUGUACAACAACAAUCUAAAUGGCAUUCUGGCUGAUGAGAUGGGCCUCGGCAAAACUAUACAAACCAUCGCCCUCAUCACCUACCUGAUGGAGCACAAGAGAAUCAAUGGUCCCUUUCUCAUCAUCGUUCCUCUCUCGACUUUGUCUAACUGGGUUUAUGAACUAGACAAGUGGUCACCCUCAAUUGUGAAAAUUGCCUACAAGGGCACCCCUGCAUUGCGCCGUGGGCUCGUACCUCAGCUCCGCAGCGGUAAAUUCAAUGUCUUGCUGACCACCUAUGAAUACAUCAUCAAGGACAAGCACAUACUGGCCAAGAUUCGUUGGAAAUAUAUGAUUGUGGAUGAGGGUCACAGGAUGAAGAACCACCAUUGCAAGUUGACUCAGGUGCUGAACACCCACUAUGUGGCUCCCCGCCGUCUCCUCCUCACUGGUACACCCCUGCAGAACAAACUUCCCGAGCUAUGGGCCUUGCUCAACUUCCUCCUGCCCACUAUCUUCAAGAGCUGCAGCACCUUCGAGCAGUGGUUCAAUGCACCAUUCGCUAUGACAGGAGAGAGGGUGGACCUAAAUGAGGAGGAAACCAUCCUGAUAAUUCGGCGUUUGCAUAAGGUGCUCCGUCCCUUCCUUCUACGCAGACUAAAGAAAGAGGUGGAGUCUCAGCUGCCAGAGAAGGUGGAGUAUGUCAUAAAAUGCGACAUGUCUGCCAUACAGAAAGUUCUGUAUCGCCACAUGCAGAAAGGAAUCCUUCUCACUGAUGGCUCAGAGAAAGACAAGAAGGGCAAAGGAGGAGCAAAGACCCUGAUGAACACCAUCAUGCAGCUCAAGAAGAUCUGCAACCAUCCCUACAUGUUCCAGCACAUUGAGGAAUCUUUUGCAGAGCACCUUGGCUUUCCAAACGGCAUAAUCAGUGGGCCAGAACUUUAUAGAGCCUCUGGGAAAUUUGAGCUUCUAGAUCGCAUCCUGCCAAAGCUUCAUGCCACCUCACACAGAGUCCUGCUGUUCUGCCAGAUGACCACUCUCAUGACAAUCAUGGAAGACUACUUCAGCUACCGCAACUUUCAGUAUUUACGACUUGAUGGAACCACCAAGGCUGAGGACCGAGCGUUACUGUUGAAGAAAUUUAAUGAGGAAGGAUCUCAGUACUUCAUCUUCUUGCUCAGCACAAGAGCCGGUGGCCUUGGCCUCAACCUGCAGGCUGCUGACACUGUCGUCAUUUUUGACAGUGACUGGAAUCCCCACCAGGACCUUCAGGCUCAGGACCGGGCUCACCGCAUUGGUCAGCAGAAUGAAGUGCGCGUGCUUCGCCUCUGCACUGUCAACAGUGUGGAAGAGAAAAUCCUUGCAGCUGCCAAGUACAAAUUGAACGUGGAUCAGAAGGUCAUCCAGGCUGGCAUGUUUGACCAGAAGUCCUCGGGCCAAGAGCGCCGUGUCUUCCUGCAAGCCAUUUUAGAACACGAGGAGCAGAAUGAGGAAGAAGACGAGGUACCAGAUGAUGAAACCCUCAACCAGAUGAUAGCCCGCAUUGAAGAUGAAUUUGAACUUUUUAUGCGCAUGGACAUGGACAGACGCAGAGAGGACGCCAGAAACCCAAAGCGCAAGCCUCGUCUAAUGGAGGAGGACGAGUUGCCGUCUUGGAUCAUCAAAGACGACGCUGAGGUUGAAAGGCUGACGUAUGAAGAAGAGGAAGAGAAGAUGUUUGGCCGAGGCUCGCGCUGUCGUCGGGAUGUAGACUACAGUGACACCCUGACUGAAAAACAGUGGCUACGGGCGAUCGAGGAUGGAAACCUGGAGGAGAUAGAGGAGGAGAUCCGGCUCAAAAAGCGCAAACGUAAGAGACGUCAGGACAAGGACUCUUCAAGCAGAGAAGAUGGAGGCAGCAAGGCUAAGAAGCGACGUGGAAGGCCACCAGCAGAGAAACUCUCCCCCAACCCUCCUAAACUCACCAAGCAAAUGAAUGCCAUCAUUGAUACAGUAAUCAACUACAGAGAUGGGUCAGGAAGACAACUAAGUGAGGUCUUUGUUCAGCUGCCAUCCCGAAAGGAGCUCCCAGAAUAUUAUGAGUUGAUCAGAAAACCGGUGGACUUCAAAAAGAUCAAAGAACGUGUGAGAAAUCAUAAAUACAGGAGUGUGGGUGACCUGGAGAAGGAUGUGAUGCUGCUCUGUCACAACGCUCAGACUUUCAACUUGGAGGGAUCCCAGAUAUAUGAAGACUCCAUUGUCCUUCAGUCUGUUUUCAAGAGUGCCAGGCAGAAGAUAGCCAAAGAUGAAGAGAGUGAUGAUGACAGCGACGAGGACGAUGAUGAUGAGGACGAGUCAGAGGCUGAAGCCAAGUCAGUGCGAGUUAAGAUCAAGCUGAAUAAGGAGGCGAGGAGCCAUGACAAAGGCAAAAAGAGGCAAAGCCGAGGGAAGGCCAAGCCGGUGGUCAGCGACGAUGACAGUGACGACGACCAGGAUGAUAAUGAUCAGUCGGAUAAGAGUGAUGACGAAUGAGAAGAGGAUGCACAGACAUGUAGCACUUAUAAAGCAACAGACAGUAUCUUCCAUUGUUGUUCUUGUGCAUUUUUAUUAACUUCCUCUUUGUCUGUCCGUAGUGUUUUGUCAUCCUCUCUCCCCCAUUAUGAAAAUGUAUUACUCAUAACCAAUAAGCUACAGCAAUACCAAUCUGCUUAUUAUACUCCUCUUUUUAAAACAAUUUGUAGUAUAUUUUUUAAACGCUGAGCUUUGACUAAGAUUGAAAUUGUGUAUAAAAAAAAAGAAAAGAAAAAUAGAUUUAGUUAUGUUUCACGCGCUUUUGCUUUAUUUGUACUUGCUUGCUUGCACUUAAAGAAAAUGAAAUGUUAACAUCCAAUUUUUAAAAAAAAAAGGUGUAUUAAAAGACAAAUAUAUACUGUAUAUCUAUAGCCAAGGACAUCCAAGUUAGUUUGGAGAACUGGUGUUGAAAAUGGCAAUCAAGUUUUAAAUGUGAUGAUUUAUUCUUUUACCUUGUGCAGUGCCAAAUGUUGAAAUACAAGACAAAAUCAUUAGUUAGAUAAAACUCUGAUC